UGUGUUUUUUGUCUUGGGAUUUCUUUAAUAUAAAUUAUAAUAAAUGGGUAAAAUUCCAUGUGCAUAAAAUGGCAAGAAUUAAUAAUUCUUUCUUUUGGGGAAUAUUAUUUGCCUCAGUUACGUGGAGCUUGGCUUUGUAUUUAUAUUGGUUGCCGAGUUUAAGUGGUUUCUGUGCUGUUUAUGAGUUCAAGCUAUUUUUAGGUAGCACAAUAUUUAACAGUACUGAAAAUAUAAUUCAAUAUCGUUUAGUUAACACAGAAGAGAAAAACAGGAUAAAAAACAAUGACAAGUCUAUUGCUAUGCUGCAAGGCAAGAAUCUUCUUUUCGAUAAUCCCGAAGAUAGCAAUGAUAGAUACAUCGGUAAACUGUGGAAAUAUCGAAAGAAUCAAUCUGAAUAUAGGAGAAAGAUUAUGUUAAAAGAAAAAUUCGCCAAACAAUUCAGCAAAAAACUUGCUGCAAACCCUGAUAAGUCUUUUGCAAAUCAAUUUGGGCUAAUUCGCAAUGAGGCUGACGUUAAAACAAGAGAUGAAGGAUACAAUCUCCAUGCUUUCAAUACACUUAUUUCUCAAAGGAUAGGUAAUCACAGAGGCAUACCAGACACUAGAAAUAAAUUAUGCCGCUCAAAAGUAUACCCUGCAAAACUUCCAAAAGCGUCAAUAAUUAUAUGCUUUUACAAUGAGCACUUUGAUACACUCAUGAGAUCCGUCCACUCUAUUCUGGACCGCAGUGACCUAAAUCAUCUCAAAGAGAUUAUACUAGUUGAUGACUAUAGCGAUAUAGAUGGUUUACAUGACCAAGUUCAGAAAGCAGUUGAUGAAUUGAAUAAUAAAAUGACAAAAGAGGAAGAGAUGAUAGAAACUAAUAAAAUUGAUGAUGAGAGUGUUGCUGAUUAUAUAAAUGAUGAUAAGAUAAAUCCAGGGAAAGAUAAAAACAAGAAUGUGCCACCUACAACAACUGCAAGGAUUAAUAAAAGUGGGCUCACUAUUAAGCUGAUUAAAACCGGUAAACGGGAAGGCCUGAUCCGUGCAAGAUUGUUUGGUGCAGACAAUAGCAUUGGAGAUGUACUAGUGUUCCUUGACUCGCAUAUAGAAGUCAACGUGGAUUGGCUUCCACCAUUACUUACAAGACUGUCAGAAGGAGUGGACGGUGUGAAUGUGCGUUACUCCCCACGGGCCGUCGUACCAGUCAUAGACGUGAUCAAUGCUGAUACAUUUGAAUACACUUCAAGUCCCCUGGUCAGAGGCGGAUUUAAUUGGGGCUUACAUUUCAAAUGGGAUAGUCUACCUAAACAGACUUUGAAAGACGAUGAAGACUUCAUAAAACCUAUUCGAUCUCCAACAAUGGCUGGUGGUCUGUUCGCUAUAUACCGUGAUUACUUCAACCACGUGGGUAAAUAUGAUGCAGGCAUGAAUGUAUGGGGUGGAGAGAAUUUGGAAAUUUCUUUUCGGAUUUGGAUGUGUGGCGGCGUUUUGGAGCUUAUACCGUGCAGUAGGGUAGGCCAUGUGUUCCGCAAAAGAAGGCCUUACGGUUUUGGCGAUAAGGAGGAUUACAUGCUAUACAACUCCAUGAGAAUGGCGAGAGUGUGGAUGGAUGAGUAUGUGGACAAAGUGAUAGAACAGAACCCUUCGGCGGCUCAUGUGGACGUAGGCGACAUUUCUGAACGCAAGGCUCUACGAACCAGCCUGAAAUGCAAGUCGUUUAAGUGGUACUUAGAUAACGUUUACCCGGAGAUAGAAGAUACACUCAACACAGCCGCUAAGAAGAGGAUUUCCGCUUUGAACGAUCCGGACAAGAAUAAGUUUCAGCCGUGGCAUUCUAGGAAGAGAAACUACACAGACUCAUUCCAACUACGUUUGAAGAACACAACAUUGUGUGUGCAAAGUGCUAAAGACAUCAAGACUAAAGGCAGUAGUCUGAUCCUAGCCAACUGCAUUAGGACUCUCAAUCAGAUGUGGUUCGAGACGGAUCGUCACGAGUUGGUGCUGGGACGUAUGUUGUGUCUGGACGCGUCCAACACCGUCGCGCCUGUCAUCAGCAAGUGUCAUGAGCUAGGCGGUACGCAUGAGUGGAUGCAUAAGGGUGUUGCUGGAAGCCCCAUAUACAAUACAGCGGCUGGGAUGUGUCUGGGUGUAGAAAGGGCUCUCAGGAAUGAACCAGUCAUGAUGGUAAUAUGCGACAACCAACCCACCAACCAGUGGGAUUUCGUUAGAUCGUAAGUUCCAUCGUCAAACUAAGGUUAGUGUCAAAAUGUGUGAUCUAUACUAACUUAGGGAUGUGUAUAUUUUGUGAAUGUUAAAAAUAGGAAUUGCUCUUUUAUGGGCAACUUUUUCGAAUAUUUAUACUUGAAAUUGAUUGUUACUUAUUUUGUAUUCAUCGAUUGCCAUGGUAAGAAUACUCACAGCAGUACAUUGUAUUUGAUCGGAAUAGUAUAUAAUUAAACAUUAUUAUCAAUACGUAAUUAAGAGAAAUUAGUGACACAUUAUUACAAUUUAUUAUUGGUUACAUUGUAUCUAUAAAUAAUAUUGUAAUCUGUAUACUACCGGUUCAAUCUUGCAGACUCAAGCAGUUCAUUGAUUUUAUUAAUAAUUUUAUUACAAUUAAUAUUAUAUUAUGUAACAUUAUCUCUAAAGCUAGAUAAUAAGCAAAAGUGAAGUAGUAAUAUUAUUAUGAGUUCGUAUACAGUUAUAUUCACUACUACAAGCA